UAUGCCUGUGGUAGAGGAAGUGCCUGGGGAAUAUUGAUAAUGGCAGCGCAGAUUUUUCAGGUUUAUACUAACGUCUUUUUCUUUGUUUCUUUUCCGUUAUCAUUUUGUAAAACGACCGCAUUAACUUCAAAAUAGGCAUAUGUUAUUAACUCAGCGUGUUUCAGAGCGGGGGUUGAACAUAAACCAUGCGUCGAAGAAGGAAAACUUCUCAUAUGAAACCUUUUGUAUCUCCUGUCAGAACAACGGUGUUCCUCAAAGCUUUUAUCGCUUUGUCCAUAGUUCUGGUCAUAUUCUUUUGGUUGCUUGUAGGAAUAAUGGACGGCGAACUAGCUAGAAGUCAAUUGAAAAGUACGUGGGAUGAAGCUCAGAAAAGUGAAAUGAUGAGCAACCUGAAUCUACAAUCAGUUAUUGCAAAUGCUGACGACCCAAGGUUAUUAGUUUUAUACAGAAAUGGGAGCAGUAGUAUUUCUAGCCGCAACUUCUGUGUUUCUGAGCCCUGGAUGUCAUCGUGUACAGUAGGGCUAGCUGCAUUUCUCCUUAUGACUUUGGAUCACUUUGGAGUGUGCUAUGUUUUAGGCGGAUUCCCAACAGUUACAUGGAAAAACUGUCAGUCUGUGUGUUCAAAAGAUAAUACUGAUUCAUGGUCAAUGUUUUUCCAGCCAGUGAACCCUGGUAUAGAAAUCCAGACAGAAGCAGGCAUUUGUUUAGGAGAUGUGCUAAUACAUGAGAGAUUAGGAAUACCGGCAAAGGUCAAUGCGAAUGGAACAUUUAUCACUACUGAAUCCUUACUGAAUUUGAGUUUCAAUAAAAGAAAUGCUGAGGGAUUUGAGAAUAGUGGUAUUAUAACAAAAAGGUCAAGGGAAUGGGCCAAUUUCUUAAUAAAAAAGUAUAUAAGAGUUCAAAAGGAUAUUGAAGAUACUGCAAAUGAGUAUUAUAACAACAAUAUUAAGGGUUAUAAUGUACUAGCAGUCCAUAUACGUGGAACAGACCAUUAUACUGAAACUGAAAAUGGAAAGCUUUUGCCUAUAAGCCUCUGGAUUGAAAAAGCUAAACAAGUGUACUCAACUCUCUCAUCACCCAAAAAAAUAUUCAUUGCGAGUGACAAUAUUGAAGUGAUCCAUAGCCUUUUGAAGCAGUUUGGAUCCAAGACUGUGCUUUUCACCAAAGCCUAUCGAGCAAAGAAGUACCAUGGCCAAGCAGUUCAUGAUUCAGGGCUUGAUCCAUACAAGCUUGGAUCACAAGUGUUGGUAGACAUUUUACUGAUGUCUAAGUGCACUGUGUUCUUGCAUUCUGAGUCGAGUGUAGCGGCCCUUGUUGCUUACUUCAAUCCAGACCUUCCGUUAGAGUAUUUAGGCUUGGAAAAACAGAGACCAAGCAGGCUAUCCCUUAACGUGCCGAUCAAACCAAGUUCAACCACAGAGUCAACUCUUCAAAGUGAAGAUGAGAAAGAAGAUGAAGAGGCUGAAAUGAAGGAUCCUCUCUCGUGUCUUGUAAAAAACCUGGAAUACAGUGCCUGUUUUGACAAAGAAAAAAUGAUGUUCAUGAAACCAGAAGAAAUAAUUACCUUUAUGAAAAGAAUGAGAAAGACAAUAAGCAAUUGAAUUUUUACAUACACUUCUGGUUAUAGUGGGAGGGGCAUAUAUGAACUUAUUUUUAACUUAUUUAUUUAACAUAUUAUAUAAUGCAAUUUAAUUGCGCUCAGGUCACCUGAACCUCAUAAACAAUUAAGGUUUGAAUAAUAAAACUGUUGGGAUCCCGUCGUAUUCCAAUGCCCCAUCGCUGGAAGAUCAGUAAAGCUCAUGUGAAUCACAUAGUACUUUCCUUGCUUCCCUGACUGGCCUACCUCGUAAAACUGACAAAGCUAGCACUGAUGCAAAUCUGGUUCUGUUGACUCGGUAGAAGGUAAUUUAAAUAAUAACCGUGGUAAUAAAAGCUUAGGGUUCUUGGGUCAGAUUUCGUUGACAUGCUACUGCUUGUGUACAGAUAUAUAAACGAUGCAAAAGAACUAGAAAUAGUUUAGAUCCAGUUUGGAAAGCUUGAGAAAUCAAGCUCCCAUGGCCAGUUCAUCUGAACAUCGGAGGAAAGCUUACUGUUUACCGUCGUACUUUUAUGGACGGUACAACGCCUUAAUUGUUUUAUGCCUUGUUUCAGGGGCGGUUGAGUGGUUUUUGGGGUACAGGUUGCUGUAUAGAGAACCACGUGACGGGUGGGAGUCGGCGACCUUUCAUUUCCUGUGUGACAACCGGGGGCCAACGUUGACGGUGGUCAGACGAGGCGAAAGUAUAUUUGGCGGGUACACCUCCCAGUGAUGGGCAGGUGAGUCGAACAAGCAUGUACUACAUUAUGUAGUGUUGUUCUCGUCACGCCCUAAAUGGUAAUAGCAAAAUGGUAGACUUCAUGGAUUAACAGCCUCUUCCGCCUCUCUGCGUAAUUUAUUUGAAUCGUAUUUUCACAAGUGAGGAAAACAUAGAUGGAAAAGAAAAGGGGGGACGCAAGAGACCCGAGUUCAAAAAAAAAAAGGAAAGCGGAGACGUAAAAAGAAGAAAAAGAAACCAUUCGUCCCUUUCUUCUCCUCCCGUCUUCCUACCUCCCCUUCCCUUGGAAAAUGUACUUGAAAUGUACUUGAAGAUCAGAGGGAGGAUUUUAUUUAAAAAAAAAAAAGACUUGGGAUGUUAUAGAUAGAAGAGGAAAAGCUUGCUUAUCUUAGAUGAAAGCGUAGAUAUAUAACACUGUACCAAAUCGAGUAAUCCUUGCUGUUUGCGAGUGUUGAUUACCAAAUCUGCGAACAACCGCACUUGAGAAACUUUACAUUUCACGGUCUACAUCUUACAGGAAGAGCUGUGAGACAAAAGAGUCCGAGUCUCGCUCAAACAGCUAAGUGAAGCGAGGCAAAUUCUAAUCCCGCACGUCUCAAAAUCACGCACGAAUUUGUUUAGAUCUCUCACUAUUCUUUUGUCGCAGUUUCCACAUCAGUCCUCAAUAUUUUUUUCAGUUUGAAUUAGCAAGUUGACUUAGAUCGAUCUAGGAGGAGCGGCGCUAAAUGCAGGCAAAUACCCGUUAUUUGUGUAAAUAUAUGAGUACCUGUCGUACUGAAUCUAAUAUGUUUGGAUUAAGCACAUGAAUACCCUGGGUAUCAAAGGCUCGAGAUACACUCCGACAACACGAGCUGCGAGGCGGCGAAAACGAGUUCUCGUAGUCAUUGAAGGGCGCAUUCGUAAACGAAUGAAGCUCGAGACUCUGUUACCCAGGGAAGCACAUGAACAGUUUAUUUCUAAAUUAAUUAAGUCGGGCACGGUACUAAGCGCCGCUGCACCAGUCGUGCUUCACGGCAAAAACCUCGAGCUGCCGAACCAAAUACCAUACUUUGUUUUAUUUUGUGCAACAGAAACUCCGCAUCAAAUCAACUUUUACUAUUCGAACGUAAUGGGCGCGACUCUUUUAGUCCGAAUCAACGUUGAAACCAAUCUAUUUGUGUCGAUACAUAUUAGACUCGGAACAGCAGGAGUGGGGCGUAAUGAAUCGGGACUAAGUUGUUUAUUUGAUUUAACACAAGUAGAACCAAGAUCGCUUCAUUUUUGGUUCGUACCACGCUUUAGCAAUUAGCUAAACACCUCAACAUUUUACAUCAAUUAGACAAAAUUUAGAUACUCUAAUAGGAUAAACUUUCAAUUAUAAAAUUAAGACUACUUUUUAAGUAAACGUUGACCAUUGGUGAUACUUAACAGGCUUAUACUUGUUCUUGAAGGAGGUCUAACUGAUGGUUCACUUCCACUUUCGUUAAUCUAGCAUUUCCUUUUCUUUGCAUUCAGUAACAUUCGAAUACAAUUUGGUAUCUCUUCCACAAAGUAGAAUCUAUGCCCUGCUGCCUAUUUCUUUAAUUUGAUAGCAAAGAUGUUCAUUUUGAACUCCUACUUUCUUUUUCAAAGCAUUUUCUUUUUUAUUGAAAGUUAAUGUCGUCUGCAAUAAUUAAUUACGUUGGCUAGCAACGACCAAUGAGUACACAGCACAUGCGUGAUUAUUUCAUGUUAAUCAAAAUAUAAUCAAAAUCACUACAAAUCGAAUUGCUUUGAAACUCUUUAGUGCAUCAUCAAUAUCAGCAGAAAUACCACUGUCUUACCUAUUGAUUUAGAUUAAUGGUACGAUCCUACUGCCUAAAAGACAUAAUGAAAUAAUCGACUCGUAAAACAGUCAAUUGGGUUCAUUGGUUAGCUAUUUGCAUUCGGGACAGCUAAUGAAAUACGCCUUUUUGCCUUAGCACGUUAUGCUUCAGAAGGGAGGUUCAACGGAAACGAUGCAUCGAAGAAGGAAAACGUCGCACAACAAACACUCUCUCGUUGUAUCUCCCGUUCGAAGAACGGUAUUUCACGAAGCUUUCAUCGCUGUGUUUAUAGUUCUGGCCAUUGUUUUGGCGAUAUUCUAUUGGAUAGUUGUAGAAAUGAUAGACAGGGAAGAAGUCAGAAGCCAAUUUGGAAGCACAUGGGAUAAAGCUAAGAAGAGUAAAACAUUGCAUGACGUGAAUCUACAAUCAGUUAUUGAAAAUAGCUCCGACCCAAGGAUGGUAGUUUUAUACAGAAAUGGGAGCAGUAGUAUUUCUGGCCGUAAAUACUGUGUUUCUGAGCCUUGGAUGAUUUCGUCUACAGUAGGGCUAGCUGGAUUUCUCCUUAUGACUUUGGAUCACUUUGGAGUAUGCUACGUUUUAGGCGGAAACCCAACAGUUACAUGGAAAAACUGUCAGUCUGUGUGUUCAAAAGAUAAUACUGAUUCAUGGUCAAUGUUUUUUCAGCCAGUGAACCCUGGUAUAAAAGUUCAGAGAGAAUCAGGCAUUUGUUUAGUAGACUUCUUAAUACAAGAGAAACUAGAAAUACCAGUAAAGGUCGAUGCGAAUGGAACAUUGGUUACUCCUGAGUCCUUACUGAACUUGAGUUUCAAGAAAAGAAAUGCUGAGGGAUUUGAGAAUAGUGGUAUUAUAACAAAAAGGUCAAGGGAAUGGGCCAAUUUCUUAAUAAAAAAGUAUAUAAGAGUUCAAAAGCAUAUUGGAGAUUCCACAAAUGAGUAUUAUAACAACCAUUUAAAGGGAUAUAACGUACUAGCAGUCCAUGUACGAGGUACGGACCAUUAUUUAGAAACUGAGAAUAGGAAGCUUUUACCUAUAAGCCUCUGGAUUGAAAAAGCUGAACAAGUGUAUUCAACUCUCUCGUCACCCAGAAGAAUAUUCAUUGCAAGUGACAAUAUUGAAGUGAUCCAUAGUUUUGUGAAGCAGUUUGGAUCCAAGACAGUUUUUUUCACCAAAGCCUAUAGAGCAAGGAGAUACCAUGGCCAAGCAGUUCAUGAUUCAGGGCUUGACCCAUACAAGCUUGGAUCACAAGUGUUGAUAGACAUUUUACUGAUGUCUAAGUGCAGUGUGUUCUUGCAUUCAGAGUCAAGUGUAGCAGCGCUUGUUGCUUAUUUCAAUCCAGACCUUCCGUUGGAAUUUUUAGAGCAGAAACCAAGCAAGAUUUCCGUUAACGGGCCAAUCAAAUCAAGUUCAACCACACUAAAAUCAAACCAAAUUGAUCAAAAGAAAGAUGACGAGAAAGAAGACGUUGAAGACGAAGACGAUAAAAAUGAGGAGGAAGAAGAAGAGGAGAAAGAAGAUGAAGAUGGUGAAGAUGAACCACUUUCUUGUCUCACUCAGAACCUUGAAUACAGCGCCUGUUUUGACAAAGAGAGAAUGGUGUUUAUGAAACCAAAGGAAAUAAUUGCGUUCAUGAGAAAAUGAGGUAGUUCAAAAUUACUGUCUUCGCACGGGACAGAAAGCACCGUGCAAAGUGCACAAGCAAGCAUUGCAGACACAGAUCGUAUGAAGCCAAAAAGUUAUUAUUUAUUGUUAGAAGUCUUAGAAAAGAAGGGUACAGUCAGGCCAAAGUAGAUUUUCUUUUUGAUCUAAUUGUAAAAGUUAGUCAAUAGAGAGCAAUAAGUAUUGCUGCCAUGAUAAACAA